AUGGCAUCCCAGACGGAGACUGUACCUCCUCAGAGCGAGGGAAAGGGGCAGCUCAAGGCUCCUUCGACUCUCGAUGAAGCCGUCGAGCAAGCCACCACCCAAGUCAUGGGCAGGUGCCAGGAACAAAACUCAUACCCAAUGUGGACCGUGAACGACAAGAUUUCGAAAUUGGUCCCCAAUCCUCGCGCUCUUCCGACACUGUGGCGGUGGACAGAAAUGAGGCAACUCAUGCUCGACUCGGCCGAUCUGGUCCCGGAAGAGAUGCAAGAACGAAGAGCCCUGAUGAUGGUCAACCCCGGGUUUGGUCCCGUCACCGGCCCUUCGCCCUAUACUACCGACACGCUGUACGCCGGUCUGCAGAUGGUUCUGCCCGGCGAAACAGCCCCGGCACACCGCCACAUCGCAUAUGCCGUCCGUUUCAUCCAAGAAAGCGACAAGGGAUUCACCUCUGUCGCCGGGCACAAGAUGUACCUCGAGCACGGAGACCUGGUGCUCACACCUUCGUGGCAGUGGCACUACCACGGCAAUGACGGCCCAUCGCCCACAAUCUGGGUCGAUUGCCUCGACAUCCCGCUCCAGAUUUACGGGCGCACCAACUUCCUCGAGCCGUAUCAAACCAAGACGGUGCCAGAUCUAAUUGUCGAGGACUCCCCCUUCCAGUUCAAAUGGAACAAGAGUCAACAAGCGCUGGACGCUCAAGACGUCGACCAUGCCAGAUACCACUAUCUCACCAACGGAAGCCCUUUUGGCAAGACAAUUGCCGCUCAGGCUGAGCGCGUCAAAGCAGGCAAGGCGGUUCGUCCUGCUCGCGAAACCACCUCGUUUAUAUAUGUGGUUAAGCAGGGUGAAGGAAGGACGCAUAUUGAAGCCCCAACUGGCACUUUGGCAGUUGACUGGAAGGACAAGGACGUUUUCAUCGUUCCCGCGUGGUCGUGGGUCACCCAUGAAGCAAGCGAGGACGGUGACGCGUACCUUUUUGCCAUCACUGACCGAUCGAUCAAUGAUAACCUGGGACUGACGAGGAUUGAUCAUGCGGGAAAUUAA